AUGGACAUUCGACACUUCUUCAAGCGUCAGCGGAUGUGUGACGAAGUGUUAUCAAGUUGUCCUGCUGAAGAUCCUGGUGUGACAUGUUUCAACGUUGCCACAUCUGACCAAAGUGAAGCAAGCUUUCAUCAGCAGACAGCAGCUGACAUCGUCGAGUCUACGAAAGGGACUGCACCAACGGUGAGCUCCCACGACGUAGUAAGCUACGAUGAUUCCCCUUCCCCUUGUUUGGGUUUAAACCAAGGUGACUCCAGCAAGGAAGCAACUCGGGUCUUUAAUAAUUAUGACUUGGGAGAGUUUCUAGACAAAGCUAAACACCCGAGCAUCCCGGACUCUUUGAAGUUACGCCUUCUUAAAGACCCAUGGACGCCAGAUGUUAAGUACGACUUUAAGAAAGAUGUAACAUCUGUCAGAAGAAGUUUCCGCUACCAAUGGCUGGCAGAUUACUCCCCUUGGCUUGCGUACUCAGCGAAAGCGAAAGGCGCCCUUUGCCGUUACUGCGUCACUUUUCCCCCGAAUGUUCACCGCGGCACUCAAGGUAGCUUUAUCGUGCGUGCUUUCAUGAACUACAAAAAGAUGCAUGAGGCGUGCAGGGAUCACGUAAAGUCCCAAUGGCACCAGGAAGCAAUGGCAGCCUCACAAGACUUUAUGAAUGUAAUGAUGAGCAAGCAGCUACCCGUUGCACAGCAGCUGAACAGAGCACUGCAUCACCAAGUUGAAAAGAACCGCGAGAAACUAUUUCCUAUAGUUUCCACCAUCAUCUUUUGCGCAACGCAUGACUUGCCUAUUCGCGGGAAGCAGUCUGACAGUGGAGUCUUCAACGAUCUCCUUGAUUUUCGGGUGGAAGCUGGAGAUGCUCGACUUCAGGAACACUUCGCUUCUUGUGCUGUCAACGCAAAGUACACUUCUGUCCGGAUCCAGAACGAGAUCAUCACAAUCUGUGGCGACAUCCUGAGAGAGCAAAUUGUGUCCGAAGCUAACACAGCGUUGGCUUUCUCCGUCCUUGCGGAUGAAACGGCGGACAUUGGAGGAACAGAACAGCUGUCUAUAGGGAUUCGCUUUAUUGACAAGGCGGGAACCGAGGCAUUCGUUCGGGAGCAGUUUAUGGGAUUUUUAGAGCUGGAACAACUGAACUCCGCUUGCAUCGGCGCUACAAUCUUGAAGUUUUUGAAGGAUGCCGGGCUGAUUCUGUCGAACCUCGUUGGACAGGGAUACGAUGGAUGCUCUACAAUGGCUGGAAAAGAAGCUGGAGUAAACAGGAUAAUACAGAAAGAGCUUCCUAAGGCACUAUUCUUCCACUGCGCAAGCCACAAACUCAAUCUCGUGAUCAACGAUCUGAACGAGGUCUCUGAAAUUCGAAACACGAUAGGGGUCAUAAAACAAACCAUAAACUUCUUCCGUGAGAGCGUUCUCCGAAGGAAAUUGGUGCCCAACAUUCCGAUGCUGUGUGAAACAAGGUGGUCUGCAAAAUACAAGUCAAUUCGGAUCUUCUCUGAGCAUUACGUGGCCAUAGUCGAAGCGCUCGAGGACCUGGCAUCAAUGGAAUCAAGCUCGAAUGCUGCAACGAGGGAACGCGCUCAUAUCCUCCACUGCGCAACAACGAGCUCAUCUUUCAUCGUCUGUUUGCACAUUGUCGCGAAGUACAGCGCACGGCUGGAACCCGUUACGAACAUUUUGCAGAGUGUAUCCAUGAAUUUCCAUUCUGUACACAACCACAUCACUGAGCUGCAGAAUAUUUUUCGCGGCCACCGGACCAACGCUGAAGAGCAGUUCUCGGAUAUCAUGAAGACAGCAAGUGAAGCGGCCAAUCAUCUAGGCGUGUUGAUAUCUGUACCCAGACAAGCCUCACGGCAGGCGCACCGAGACAACUACGGGAUACAGUUGCCGGAAGAGUAUUACCGCGUGGCAAUAUAUGUGCCGUACUUGGACUCUCUCAAUGCUUCUUUGUCUCGCCGCUUUUCUGAAAGCAACAAGAAGAGCUACAGACUUCUCCAGCUGCAUCCAGCAAGAAUGAAGCACUUGAGUCGCGUUGAGUUUGCUGUUCUCGCCGAUGAACUCCAAGGCUUUUACGGCAUCGAAAACUUCAAGGAAGAGGGCAUCUCCUGGUAUGAGAUGUGGCUCAACAGAACUGGGGACUGCUCAGAAAUAUCUUAUCCCGAACUUCUGCUUCAGGCAAAGACGUUCUUCCCCGCUGUCGCAAACGCCAUCGAGGUGGCUCUUGCCUUACCAGUUACCACCUGCACUGUCGAACGCUCGUUCAGUACACUAAGGAGAGUGAAGACGUGGCUACGUUCAACUAUGAGGAACGAUAGGCUGGACGGCCUUUGUAUGAUGAGCGUACACCGGGAGCGUGUAAUGAAACACAAGGACGACUUUAUCACCCGUGUAAUCACGCAAUUUGCCCAGAAAAAUCCAAGGCGUCUGCAGCUGUUAUUCAAGGAAGACUAA